UUAUCAGUAUCAUUAUCGAAUAAGCAUAGUGAAGACAGUCAUACGAGAAAUAUUCAUUAAGUUCAUUAGACAAAAUGUUGCGAAGUGUUAUUUUGUGUAUUUUGGUAGCUGCUGCUUUCGCUAGUCCUGUUGAUCAAGUGAGAUCAAUGUGCGAUAAUGAUGGUGAUUCAUUUACAUGCUUAAAGUACAAACUCAUGAGCUAUUUGGAAACAAUCGUCAGCAAAGAUAACUAUAAGCUUACAGAUGCCGUUGAAGUCCGAUCCAAUGGAUAUACCCCAGCUUUCGAAUCUCGUGGUGAUAAGGACGUUUUUGAAAAAGUCGAGGAUUACAUCCAAAGUCAUGAUGCCACAUUCAAAUUACCAGCAGCUGGUGCUGAAAUUACGUUAUCAUCAAAAGCCGUCAAUGAUGGAGAAUUAGACCUUAAUGUGAAAUUUGCUGGUGUUGAGGAACGUGGAAAAAAAUCAAAACUGAAGAAAAUCAUGAUUCCAAUCCUCGUUUUUGUCUUGCUUAAAGCCAUGACAUUAGUGCCACUCGCACUUGGCGUUCUCGGUUUGAAGGCAUGGAAUGCACUUCAAUUAUCAUUCUUCUCAUUCAUCGUCUCAUUCGCUUUAGCUGUCUUCCAACUAUGCAAGAAGCUUGCGGUCGAUAAUCAUCAUCCUCAGAUUUCUACCCAUGGACACUUUGUGGAUGCUGGCAGAAGCUUCGUUGAAGAUUUGUUCCAAGAACCAAUCCCUGAAGGUCAAAACUUGGCCUACAACGCCUAUGUUUAAAUAAGCAAAACCAAAUAGGACGAGAAACAAACGAUCAUGCUGUAGAUAUUUAUUUAUGCAUAAGAAACAAAAAACUGUCUUCUUUUAUAAAAAUUGAGAGAAAAUGUUGUUAAUUUAUUUAAUAAAUUAUUAGAAUGAAUGAAAUG